UUCGUCAUCGCCUAUCGAUCACUUUGACGAUCUGCCACCGAACUCCCUCAUACCUUGCGCCCUCUUCCAGCUACAGUGAAAGCUACAGUGACCCAACCGCUACUGUAUUUCAGCUUAAGUGGCACGUUUUCUAUCAUGUUCAACCCCAACUUCUACGGCGAAGACGACCCUAUGGCUGCGUACCAAGCCAUGCGUCGUGGUGGUCCCACUCGGCGCUUCGAUGAAUACUUCCGCUGCUAUCCUGUUGCUAUGCUGCCUGGGCCAGAUCGUGAGGAUGCAAACCACGGCGGCAAAGUAUUCCUCCCGCCCAGCGCACUCGACAAGCUCACACGACUACACAUCACAUACCCUAUGCUCUUCGAGCUGAUCAACGGUGUACAAGACGGCAAGAAGACACAUGCUGGUGUACUCGAGUUCAUUGCGGAAGAGGGCAAGAUCUACCUGCCAUACUGGAUCAUGCAAACACUGCUUCUCGAGCCUGGCGACCUUCUACAAGUCAAGUCGACCGACCUUCCUCUCGGAACCUUCAUCAAGCUGCAACCCCAGGAUUCGUCGUUCUUAGAGAUCUCAGACCCCAAGGCCGUUCUUGAGAACGCUUUCCGGAACUUCGCAUGUCUGACGAAAGGCGACAUUUUCACCUUUUCAUACAAUGAGAGUGUCUACAGCGUUGCUGUACUUGAAGCCAAGCCAGAUCACCCUAGUCAGGCGGUAUGCACAAUCGAGACGGAUUUGUCUGUCGACUUUGCGCCACCAGUAGGCUACAAGGAGCCAGAGAGGACGAGCGGUACUAGUACGCCACGCAGUGUCAUGGCGGGUAAGGGCGGAACGCUGCACUCUCAGGGUACCAUGGCCCAGGCUAUCAACUACGCUGCGAUCGCACCCUCCGCAACGAGCGCAGCUGCUGGUGCGAAGGCCGUGUCCUCAAAUUUCCUCACGGGUGGUCACAAGUUGUCGAAGAAGGGUAGUAAGGCACCCACUCCUCAAGCUUCCACACCGAUUGCAGGAGAGUCUACAAACCCACCCAAGACCGUACGACGCACGAACGGCCCUCAGCCACUAAGACUGCCACCGGGCAAGCUAUUCUUUGGUUACGAGAUCAAGCCAGUUAAGGACAAGAAAGGGGCUGAUGAAGGCGAGCAGAAGGAGUCGAAGCACUUCGAAGGCGCCGGCAACACUUUGCGAAAGAAGAAGGGCGACAAAUAGGCAGCUGGUCAUAUUGGACGGAAAACAUCACGAUGCAUUGCAAGGCGCUAAUGGGAGCCAGCCACAAAAGAUGGCAUAUGGCGUUCUGGGAUACCUACGAGCUAUUCCAAAUUCACACAAUUCUCAACUGCACAUUCUUA